AACAACUGUAAAAACCUUUGCCUGUAGGUCUUUGUUAAGAGGGUGGGCCACUGCAUGUCGGAGUUAUGUGGGUGAGAGAGAGUUUGUGCGUGUUACAGCAGUGCAGACAGUUCUGGAGGUUAUUUUGAAAGUGACCCCCUCACUGCCGCGGACCGCACACAGCUGUCGGGAACCAUGACACAAGAUGACGGAUACGGUUGUCGUAGAGGGACAAGUCAGACUGCGAGAGGGGAAAAAGUGGAAAAACAGAUGGGUGAUUCUUCGGAAACCUUCGCCGGUUGCAGACUGCCUGUCCUUGCUGGUGUAUAAGGAGCGUGGAGAGAAGAGUAAAGGACAGCGGGAGAGGAAUCAGGCCACGCUGAGGGAUAUCUGUGGACUGGAGGCUCUUCAGGGGUUUGAUGGAGUGAAUUAUGCACUUAGUCUGCUCUGCCUGAGCCAGUCUGUCAUGCUGGGCUUCGACAACAGAGUGACGCUUCUGGCCUGGGAUGCUCGUAUCCGCUACAGCCUUGGAGAGGUUCACAGGUUUAACGUCAAUGUCCAGCCUGGCACCAAACUAGAAAGUGGCCCGGCCUCCCUGCAUCUGUGCAACAACUUGCUUGUCAUCGCCAGAGACCUCCCUCCAACUGUCAUCGGCCAAUGGAAACUGUCGGACUUGAGGCGUUACGGCGCCGUUCCUAAUGGAUUUAUCUUUGAGGGGGGGACAAGAUGUGGCUACUGGGCUGGUGUUUUUUUUCUUGCAUGUGCAGAAGGAGAACAGAUCAGUUUUUUGUUUGAUUGUAUCGUUCGUGGCAUAUCACCAAGCAGGGGUCCGUUUGGACUGCGCCCAGUCCUGCCAGACCCCAAUGCUAACCCGUCAUCUAUAGAAGACAGGAUUAGCCAGGAGGCCAGUGAGCUAGAGAAACGACUCAGUAUGCUGUCGAUUUGUAGCCAUCACAGCAUGGCAGCCUCCACCUGCAGUUAUGGCACCUCCUUGGCAGGAGAUGAUCGGAGCAUCUCCAGCUCCUCCUCUGAGACCAGCCAUUCUGAUAACAGCCUGGGCAGCCGCCUGGCGAUAUGGCCAGAGCCAGUCAGACACCCCACUCCCAUUGAACCAUCAUCAUCACCCCUGUUAGGGGUUGCAGGAUCUAAGAGCACAGCCUGUUCUGUCAACACGUCCAGUGACGAGCGUCUAUAUGGAGUAAUGUUGGGAGGGCUUCGGCCCCCAUCCAAGCCACCUCACCCUAGAGGCCUUCAAGAGGCGGGACGGCAGAGCUCAACAGACAGCGGUAUCGCCACCGGGAGCCACUCCUCGUAUUCUGGAAGCUUCUCCUCGUACACUGGUAGCAUGGAUAUUGGGCAUGGAGAGACUGAUGAGUUUGGAUCCUCAAUAAGCCUCCCUCAGAACCCUAAUUCAAACUCAAACUCCCUCAUCAACACUCCAGUACGGACAAUUCCCCUGAUUCCUGAGCACAAUCCCUGUGUGUGUCCACUCAAAGAGGCUGCUCAAAUGCAGGGUAUCAUGUACCAGGUACCCAGUCCACCUCUGCAGCAUUACGACAUCCCCCGCAGGCUCCUAAUACAACAAUCCUCCAAUCAGGAACAAGUUUUGACUACUGCAGCCCAGGAACGGGGGCCUGAAUGUGGAGCUCUGGGAUCAGAGGGCAUCCCUGCAGAUGCCACCCCCAGACAAACUGUCCAAUGGAGAUUCAACUUGUAUAGUGAAGGAGUAGCGCCCCCUGAAGGCUCCACCACACCACAAUUACAGCCUGCCAUCUGUCCUGACUGUGGGGGAGGAAAGGUGGAGGAGAAGAGCAGGUGUGAGAUCAGAAGCGGUUCUGAGCAGCAGAAGACUUUUCGUGAGACUGAGACAGAUCCAAAAGGCAAUUAUGAGCAGAUGGCAUUUAUGACUGAUGCAUCCAGGUGGCCACAGUUCAGAGCCGGAGAGUAUGGAGAGACAGGACUGACAGUUACUGACAAACUUCAAGGUGAUUCCAUUAACUAUGUGAAUAUCCCCAUCAGUCCUACCUCUAAACGACAGCUGCACUAUAUGGAAUUGGAUCUGCAGGACCGUCCAGAGUCAAGCCACACUGUCAGAGCGGCCGGCUCCAGCACUAAAUAUGCCCACAUUGACAUCACCGCUACUGAGACAGCACAGAGGGUGGGAGCCCAGCAUGCACAGGGCCGAGAGGAGAGACUACAGGAACUAGAACAAAAAAGGAGAGGAACGCUUACCUGAACAUAUAACAAAGUGGAGUUUAAACGCCUGAGACCACACUGAAAAUGUUUUUUUUUUUUUUUUCCAUUUAAACCUAGAAAUAGUUUUUCACUUGUCACAGUUGUGAGCUAAUUUGUGAAAAUAACUUUUAAAUUUCUUGCAUCCACUGAACCAAACAUGGUUUUACACAAACUUUUAGAGUUGGUCAUUAUUAAAGCAACAAAGAAACAUUAAGAAAUUCUGAAAUUUUUACGUACUUUUAAAUUCAACUUUUCACUCAAAUUGUUAUGCCAAAAAAAUGUAAGUUAGAGAAUUGAAGUAAAAAUAGAAUACUUUUUACUUGUGGUUUCUCUGAUGUUUAGGCUCUGCUGUUGGUGGUUCUCAACCAUCCAUCUCAGUAUGACUUGUAUGUAUUGAACUUAAUAAAUUAUUAAUAUUUAAAAAAAAAAAAAAAAUUGUUAAAAACCCACUUUAUAUUAGGUGGCCUUAACUACUAUGUACUUUAAUCAUUAAUCAAUCAUUUAAUUCAAUGCACUUAUUGUGUACAUACAUGUUUUUACAUUGUACUUAUAUAUUUAAAGAAAAAAAUACCUGCAUGUAAUUACAUCUGUAAUUAAUUUCCGUAAUUCAUUUCAUAAUUACACUGUUGACCCAUCCCUUACACCUUAACCCACCCUUAAACCCAACCAUACCACCAAACCUGUCGCUAACCUUACCUGUAUCCCACCUCAAUAGCAGCAAAAGUGUUUUGCAAUACAACAUGAACAUAAGUACACUGUACUUAUUUUUUAUGUCAGUACAUAGUAGUUAAGGCCACCUAAUAUAAAGUGGGGCCAAAAAAUCGAACUAUUGUUUUAUUGAGAAACAGAGUUUAUUAAACUUCUGAAUCAAUUGACUUGUUUAAAAAAGGUUUGAAAACAAGCAGCGUUUUCAUAAUUGCGUUGGAUAUUGGUGGGGCUUUAGGUUGAGAACCACUGCUGUAUAUGCUAAAUGUAUUUCUGCAUUGUAUUUUAUGUACAAGUUUGUGGAUGUGUAUUAUUUUCCAUGUUUAAGAUUUGCAUGGAAUUAGAAAAGUUUUAAAUCUGAAAACAGAUCCCAGAUGCAACAACUGACUGUUGACAUUACUGUAAAUAUAUACUUCCUUUGGUGACCAAUUUUGUUCUGUACAUUUACAUACUUCGUGAGAAACGUACUGUAUUUUUUUUUUUUUCCAAAUAUUAUUUUCUGAAAUUUCUAUAUUGAUUAUAGCAGUACUAUGAUAAAAAUAAUACAUCAGUGACUAAAGAUGCUCAUCCUUUAAAUGCUUGAUGCAAUACCACAAUCACUCAAUGGCAGCUCAGCAUGUCACCCAUUUAAAAUCAACACAAUGCUCGGGAAGUUUGUUUUAUUAUGAAAUGUGCAACAUGAAAUGAGCAGAACAUGGACUUGUACAAAAGCUUUCUAAUUAUUUGUGGAGAUCACAUUCCUGAUCAUUCAUUACGAUAGUGGAUUACAGGAUUCGUAUGAAUAUGAAGAACUUUUGUUAGAUUAGUAAUAACAGUGUCAUAGAUUAAAGAAUUAGUGUGGGUUAAAUUAGAAUUUUUAUGACAAAUCUCAGUGUCUACUUCAUGGGACUGUUUAAACCAUGAGGAUGUUGAUUCAGGUCUACCUUGGGACAAACAAUGUCAAUCAUAGAAAUGCCCCAUGUACCCAAAUCUAUUUAAUGAUUCAGUCAAUAUUAUGGUUGACUCAAGGUCUGCCUUGCCAAAUAUAACUAAUGUAGUGCGUGAGCUCAGCUUCUCUUUCUCCACUGCAGUACACCUUUUUCCUGACAAAGUUUAGCUGUUAACAACUAUUGCACUGUUGUUCAUGAAGGGGUAUUAUUCUGCAACAUUUAAAUCUUAGGAUGCUCAGGAUUGGGGUAUAUUAAAAUGAAAGCUUAAAAAGUUUAUAUUGAAAACUUUGAAAGCUUUUUCAUGUGUGAAAGCUUUAUGCCAUGUGCAUAUGUUGUAGAGGAAUGUUAAAUUAUUUUGCACCCACGUUUGUGAGAUGCUACACGUUUCCAUGUGCGUUUGCUGUUGUUAAGCAACUAUUAUUAAACAUAAAUUGAGCCACAAACACAUUUUUCCACAAUUAAUAGAAUGUGGAUAACAUACAUCAGUUUGCUGGCUAAACCAUCUUGUAGCCAUUUGCUGUACAAACAUAAAAUGGGAAAUGAGCAAAAAAGCAGAACUGAUCACUAGAGUACCAUUUAAAAAAAAAAAAAUCAUAAUUUACCAAAUAGUCUAGCAUCCCACUGGAAAUGUUAAAUUCAUGUCCAAUAUGCCGUACCUUUAUAACCCCAGCCAAUCUGUGUUGGAUAUCAUUUUAGAAUACUGCAUUUGUGACCUAUGAAUGAUUAUUGCUAACAGUAGUGUUCAGAGUUCGUUGUGUUGCAAUCCAUUU